UUUGGGAAGGGAUUCUGGGGUACUCCAUGCUGUUUCCGAAUCAAGGGCUUUUAUGGGAGCGAUUUUAGAUUGGAUGCCUAGUGGAGCAAAAAUUGCUGCUGCUGUUUAUGACCAAAAAGAAGAAACAAAGAGUGCAUCAAUAGUUUUCUUCGAGAGGAAUGGAUUGGAAAGAAGCUCAUUUAGUGUCGAUGAGGGAAUUGAUGCAAGUAUAGAGACUUUGAAGUGGAACUGCAAUUCUGACCUUCUUGCAGCUAUUGUUAGAUGUGAAAAACAUGAAUCCCUCAAGAUCUGGUUUUUCAGCAACAACCACUGGUACUUAAAGCAAGAAAUUAGAUAUUUGAGGCAGGAUGGUGUUCGAUUUAUGUGGGAUCCUACAGAUCCGCUCCAGUUGAUUUGCUGGACUCUUGGUGGCAUGAUCAUAAUCUACAACUUUGUUUGGAUUACAGCUGUCAUGGAGGACUCAACAGCACUUGUCAUUGAUGGCUCCAAGAUACUAGUAACCCCACUUUCACUAUCCCUGAUCCCACCUCCUAUGUUUUCAUUCAACCUAAAGUUUUCCACUGCUGUUCAGGAUAUGGCUUUCAGUUCGAUGAGUUCUAAGAACCACUUGGCUGCAACUUUGUCGGAUGGCAAGUUGUGUGUUGUAGAGCUUCCUGCUCUAGAUACGUGGGAGGAACUGGAAGGAAAAGAAUUCUAUAUAGAAGCUUCGUCUUUUGAAACAGGAUUUGGAUCUCCUGCACACCUUGUGUGGUUGGAUUCGCAUAUGCUUCUCAGUGUUUCUCAGUUUAAUAUCGGACAUAGUAGUAACUCUCUGGAAACCUCAUCCAGCAAGGAUGGGCUUCCAGGAUAUUACUUGCAGGAAAUGGAGCUCGCAUGUUCUGAGGAUCAUAUCCCUGGUUUAGUUACAUGCUCAGGCUGGCAUGGAAAAAUUUCUAAUCAAAUCUCUCUUGACAGGCUAGUAAUUGGGAUUGUUUCUAAUCCUGCUAAAAGAUGCUCUGCAUAUGUUCAGUUUGACGGUGGAAAAGUGUUUGAGUAUACUUCAAAGUUGGGCAUCACAGGAGGAGUUCCUCUUCAGGAACAUGAUGAUAUGAGAUUCUCAUCAUCUUGCCCUUGGAUGGGUGUUGUUCCUGUUGAGGACCAUGGGAUGUCAAAGAUUUUACUUUUUGGACUUAAUGACAAUAAUAAGCUGCAUGCUAAUGGGAGAAUAUUAUGCAACAAUUGCAGCAGCUUCUCAUUUUACUUGAAUUCUGCUGACCAAGUAAUCACAAAUUUGAUUAUUGCGACUACACAGGAUUUGGUGUAUGUAAUUGACAUUAAUGAUAUUUUGCAUGAAAAUCUAGAAUCUAAAUAUGGUAAAUUCCAUCCUGUUCUCAGGAAAAGAAAUGGAGAAGACGACGGAGUCUUUAUAACUAUGUGGGAAAGAGGUGCCAAAAUUGUAGGUGUCUUGCAUGGAGAUGAAUCUGCGGUUAUAUUGCAGACAACUCGUGGAAAUCUAGAAUGCAUCUAUCCAAGAAAAUUGGUUCUGGCCUCAAUUGUCAAUGCUUUGGUCCAAGGGCGUUUCAAAGAUGCACUGCUUAUGGUAAGGCGGCACAGGAUAGAUUUCAAUGUUAUUGUUGAUCACUGUGGUUGGAAAACCUUUGUUCAUUUGGCAGCAGAAUUUGUCAGACAGGUAAAUAACCUGAGCUAUAUAACUGAGUUUGUUUGCUCCAUGAAGAAUGAAAACAUGAUGGAAACGCUGUACAAGAACUAUAUAUCCCUACCAUCCAUAAAGGAUGAUAAGGUUCUGGAAUCUGGAGGCUUAAUGGGUUAUGAUGGUAAUAGCAAGGUCAAUUCUGUCCUGUUGGCCAUAAGGAAGGCUCUUGCGGAGCAAAUAGUGGAAAAUCCUGCCAGAGAGCUUUGCAUAUUGACCACCCUAGUUCGAAGUGAGCCCCCAGCUCUUGAAGAAGCUUUGAAGAGGAUAAAAGACAUUCGAGAAAUGGAACUGUCAGGUUCUGAUGACCCAAGGAAAAUAGCAUAUCCAUCUGCUGAGGAAUCUCUGAAGCAUCUUUUGUGGUUGUCCGAGUCUGAGGCUGUUUAUGAAGCUGCUUUAGGUCUUUAUGAUUUGAACCUUGCAGCUAUUGUUGCAUUAAAUUCACAGCGGGAUCCAAAGGAGUUUCUUCCGUUCCUACAAGAGCUGGAAUGUAUGCCAACUCUGUUAAUGAAAUAUAAUAUUGACCUUAAACUGCAAAGGUAUGAGAAUGCUCUCAGGAACAUUGUUUCGGCAGGAGAUGGUUAUUUCGAAGAAUGUAUGAACCUCAUGAAGAGUAAUCCCCAACUAUAUCUCCUAGGACUUCAACUAAUCACUGAUCCUGCUAAGAGGAGGCAAGUUCUAGAAUCCUGGGGGGAUCAUCUAAGUGAAAUAAAAUGCUUUGAGGAUGCUGCAACAACGUAUUUAUGUUGUUCAUGUUGGGAAAAAGCGCUGAAGGCCUAUCGUGCUGGUGGGAACUGGGGUGGUGUGCUGACAGUUGCUGGUCUUAUUAAACUUGGAAAAGAGGAGAUUAUGCAACUGGCACAUGAGCUCUGUGAAGAACUCCAAGCCCUUGGUAAACCAGGGGAAGCAGCCAAAAUUGCCUUGGACUACUGUGGAGAUGUCAACAGCGGGAUUAGGCUUUUGGUCAGUGCAAGGGAUUGGGAGGAGGCUCUGAGGAUUGCUUUUCUGCACAGGAGGGAUGAUUUAAUCUCAGAAGUAAAGAAUGCAUCUCUCGAGUGUGCCAGCAUACUGAUUGGUGAAUAUGAGGAAGGGUUGGAGAAAAUAGGUAAGUACGUGGCACGCUACUUAGCAGUCCGACAGCGAAGAUUAUUACUUGCAGCAAAGCUUAAGGCAGAUGAGCGGUCAUUAAAGGAACUUGAUGAUGAAACUGCUUCCGAAGCUAGCAGUAGCUUUAGUGGGAUGAGUGCAUACACCACAGGGUAUGUCUUUUAG